AUGUUUCAAAAUUUUAGUAAUGAUAAUGAGAUUAUAUCUCAGCAGGGUAAACCCUCAAUUUUAGAUCCUGAAGCUAGUGUUGAUCCAACUCGUGAUGGGUCUUUUUCUUCAUCUUUUAGCUCUACUAGAUCAGUUGAAGAGGAACCUAAAUCGUUUGCUGGUAAUAUAGAUGGUGACGAUGAUGUCAACUUGCAUUCUGGUCAAAUAGUAGAAGGAGGUGAUGAGCUUACAUCUCAUGAGUCAUUGGUUCGUAAAGGUCAGGAAACUUCAGAUGAACCAAUACUCGAAAUUGGUGAAGGCAGACCUUUUCCUCCGAUGUUACCCGAUCGAACUCCUUACUGUGUAGCUUAUAACGGUGAAGAUGAUCCUCAUCAUCCCCAUAGUUAUCCAUUAUGGAGAAAAAUGCUAUACUGUCUCUGUGUCGGGUUAUCUGCAUUAUCUGUUGCAAUGGGUUCCGCUAUGUUUUCGAAUGCAAAUAGAGAUAUCAUGAGAGUUUUUCAUGUUGGUACAUCUGUAGCAGCAUUAGGUACUUCCUUGUAUGUCUUUGGUUUUGCCGGUGGACCCGUGAUUUACGGCCCCAUGUCUGAAUUGUUUGGUAGGAAAUAUGUUUUGCUUGUAUCUAGUUUGGGCUAUGUUUGCUUCUUAUAUGGCGCUGCUACUGGUAAAGAUUUGCAAACUAUUUUAAUUUGUCGAUUCUUCGCAGGGUUUAUGGGAUCAGCACCUUUAGUUGUGGCACCAGCAGUUAUGGUUGAUAUGUUUUAUGCACGAACACGUGGUGUAGCAAUUGCUAUAUUUGCUUCUGUUCUAUUCGGAGGGCCCAUGAUUGCACCUGUUAUUGGUGGCUUUACAGUAAAAAAUCAUGCUUUAGGAUGGAGAUUUGUGUCAUACUUUUCAGCAAUCAUUGGAUGUGUUGCUUUAGUUUUGAACACUUUUGUACUAAAGGAAACUUACCAUCCUUUUUUGCUAGUAAGAAAAGCAGAAUUGUUAAGAAGAAAAACUGGUAAUUGGGGGAUUUUUGCUCCUCAUGAGGAAGUUACUUUGAGUUUCAGCGAAAUUGUCCGAAACAAUGUGGCGAGACCAUUGAAAUUGUUAAUUACUGAACCAAUUAUCUUAUUGGUUAGUCUUUAUAACGCAUUUAUUUACGGUAUGCUAUAUAUGUUCCUUACAGCAAUACCAAUUAUAUAUUCGGGAGGUUAUGGAUGGAGUCAAGGUGUUGCAGAACUACCAUAUAUCUCGAUGUUUUUAGGGAUAAUAUCGGGAUGUGCGUUAAUUGUUUGGUUUGAGUUUUAUACAAAUAAGAAAAUUGAAGCUCACGGACAUAAACCCGUUCCAGAAGAUCGAUUACCACCGGUUAUGGUUGGGGGUUUCACAUUUGUGAUUGGAAUCUUUUGGUUAGGAUGGAGUGGUGAUUACCCCAAACAAGUUCACUGGAUUGUGCCUACAAUAGGAGCAUUUUUUAUUGGUAAUGGGUUAAUAUCGAUUUUUCUUCCAACGUUGAACUACAUUAUUGACUGCUAUUUGUACGUUUCAGCUUCGGCUUUGGCGUCAAACACCUUUAUUCGUUCGGGAUUUGGAGCAGCAUUUCCUUUAUUUUCUACACAAAUGUUUACUAACUUAACAGUCAAAUGGGCAUCAACGUUAAUCGGAUGUUUGGCGGUUCUCAUGCUUCCUGUUCCGGUUUUAUUUUACAAGUAUGGUGCAAGGAUCAGGAAAUCCUCCAAAUAUGUUUUGAACUAG